CCGGGGUCGCCGCUUCCGCCUGCUCGGGAGGCCAAGCUCGCCUCUGCCGCUGGCAGCCCAGUCGUCGUCGUCGGUUCCCGGGCUGCAGCAGUCAUGGUGAACUUGCUUCAGAUUGUGCGUGACCACUGGGUUCAUAUACUUGUCCCAAUGGGAUUCGUCAUUGGAUGUUAUUUAGACAGAAAGAAUGAUGAAAAACUGACAGCCUUCCGGAAUAAGAGUAUGUUGUUUAAAAGAGAAUUGAGACCCAAUGAAGAAGUUACCUGGAAGUAAAGACUGGCUGAAUGACCAGACAUUCACAUUUUAAAAGUUAUGAGAGAAAUAAAAACCUGUUUAUUAUUUAACUGGAA